AUGGCUACCGUAGGCUCGAAUGAACGCUCGCCGCUGUUGCGAGCGACCAGUCCCCGAGCGAAUGGAGGUCACUCGUCUCUCAAUCCGCAUGCUGCCGCAUUCACGUUCGUACCUGGAGCACGAGCCAUGUCACCUCCCCCGCCGGCGGCUGCCUCGUCUACCCAUCUGCCCGAAGCCACCGCACUUGGCGCACCCGCGGUAUUCGCACUCGCACCCGCACCCGCACCCGUCCACGUAUCUGUUCACCCUGCACCUCGUGCUAUGGAGUCGAGCUCAUCUACCCACGCGUCGGCCGUUGUUUCGACUCACAACAGUGCCGCACCUCAUUCUCCGCCCCGGUUCGCAGCGGCCCCACCUCAGCCUCUGGUUCAGCCUCAGCUCGCUUCGACGGUCCUCGUACGAACACGUUCGCAUUCCGUAUCAUCGUCGAACGCAUCCCAUGAAUCGGCCGAAAGCGGCUCAUGCGAAGGGUCCGGUUCGUCCGAGUCGUCCAUUUGCGAGGCAUGCCCGACGCGCCGAGCGUUUCAACGAGCGCACUACAUCCAGUUCGCUGUCUCGGGCGUGCUCGUUACUUUGGCUUUCGUCCUGCUCGCAUGGUGGAAGCACGAGAUAAGGUUCGCCGAGCUCAUCAUCGGUGCUUCGGCUUGGCUCGCUGGCGAAGCGUUCAAACAAGUCGUGUUCGAGCUCUUGACGUGGGAGAGUAAGGAUCCGGAUGGGGUACCGACGCCGGGGACCGGUCUCGUUCUGCCCACCUCGGUCCACGUCGUGCUGCAAGAACUGCUGAGGUUGGGCGCCAUCAUCCUCGUCGUGGCCUUGCUGCCAGAUCCCGAGGUCGUCACACCCCAGGGAGGGAUGCCUCAGCCGCCUUCACCGCCGAGAAGGGGCCAUCGCUACCCUCACGAGCCGACGAGACCCCCUUUGCCUCCGUUGGACGUUCUAUUCUUUUCGGCACUGUGGUUCGCUAUGGGGUGGGCACUGGUUGAGAUCAUCUGGGUCAGUCGAGGUCGGGGUGUCUCACCACACCCAUGGACGCAAAAGUCGCUGACUGCUUAUCAAUCAAUACCUUUUUUGUCUGUGACGUUUGCAGGGCACGCGGGACUUUUGGCGACGGAUGCGGUUGUAUGAUGAUGUUCUCGGGGAAGACACGGACGAAGAAGCCGCAGGGGGUGACUCCGUUGAGCCACUGCUUGGACACUCGACUACGACCGAGUACGGUACGGGAUCUCUCACCAACGCUGCAGGUGCGAACGGAAUGGACAAGUCACACGAUCGUACAGUCGCCAACACCUCCGCUUUCGACCGAGCGGUUGAGGCACGAUUGGACAGGGAGACGAGUGAUGCCGACUUGGAUGCGAGGAUCCGGGCCCUGGAGAGAGAAGAGCUCGAGGCGCAGCUCGGUGUGCCGCUUUACGAGAUUCCGGUUGCGGUGGUCGUGGUCUGGAGAGUCGACUCGUGAGUGCUAUCGUUCAGAAGCCGUGGAGCUUUCGUCAACUGACGACGGAGUCUUUCUACAGUAUCUUGCUCUCACUCGUGGCGGCGUUAGUGCUCUCGCUCCCCUUCCGAACCUCGGCGCCGACAUUGAUCGCGAUCCCCAUGUGGCCGACCUUUGGCGCGGUCGUGGUCGUGCACAUCCUCCUUUCGAUGAUGUGGAUCCUACGUGUUCGCCACGUCGGUAUCCCAGCCAUCUCGUACAUUACCUUGAUCGUCUUGCUCUUCUUGCUCUUUGCCGCUCUUGGGGCUUGGGGCGCCCUCGUGUAA